UUUUAUUGUUAUAUUUGUUCAUUUAGGCACAUUUUGUACUUGACAGACAGCAAGACACCUUUGCUGAAUAUGAAACACUCAUGUGGUCCAUCAAUACCUAACCUGCCUCACUGCACCCAGUAUAAUAAGGCAAUCUUUCAACAGUUCUGCGUUGCCACAACUACUGGGGACAACUGCGUGAUGGUUCAAGGGAAUUUGAGACUGGUACAGAACAUACUAUGUGAUGAAAAGACCAACAUUUUCAAGAGGUUUUCAAAGCUAGAUUCCCUUUACUCCAGUCCUCUAGAUUCAAAAGACAUCUGUGUUUAUAAAGCAAGUCAUCUAGAAAGUACAAUUGACAUUUAUUUUGUUUCUUACAGUGGAUUAUAAAAAGGCAAGAUAUAAAGCCAAAAUGGCAGAAACAAAUUUAAUUGUUGCCAGUGAACCUGAAGAAUUAGAUCGCAGUCAGCGGUCAAGACAACCUACCAAACGCUACAUUGAUUUUGAGCCUGAACCUGCACCACUGGAACGGCAGAGACAGUCACAAACGGUCACCAAUGCAGUCGUACACCAACCACCAGUUCCACCACCACCCAGGGGUUUGCCACCUUCUGGUUAUAACUCUCUGGUUACUCUGUCUCCAAGCCACAUUCCACCAGCGAGUCCCCUUCCACCAUCGAGCCACCUACCACCAGAGAGUCGCCUUCCACCAUCGAGCCACCUUCCACCAUCGAGCCACCUUCCACCAGAGAGUCGCCUUCCACCAGCGAGCCACUUUAAACAAGCGAGUCGCCUUUCACCUGAAAGCCACCUUCCACCUGCAAGCCGUCCUUCACCUGCAGCAUUCCCCCUUCCUGUGAGGCACUCUCUAUCAGCAGGUAUUGACAGAUAUUUAGUCAGUACACUAGAGGAGAUUAAGGACAGGCUGACUAUGUUGGAGAGAACAGUAGCAAAUACCUCUCGAUCGAGCACAAAAGAGGUCACGUUGCCUGAUGACGUCAUAUUACCCCUCAAAAGCUACCAGGACAUGGAUAACUUGGAGCAAAAAAUGAAAGAUCAUCAAUGUCGGAAAGAUUUGAUUGCCUAUCUAAGAACCAUUGGUGGGUGUAAUGUCCAAGUUGCAACUAGGAGAAUACUGACAGCAUUGAUUGGCCACUCUUUAGCCACUCAAUUGAACUGGAAUGGCUCAAACCAAAAGUGACCUUUUCAGAACCUGAGGCUAAGGAGGUUUUAACAGGUAAGCUAGCAUGUGGUAUUAGAAAUGGCAUAUAUUAAUUACUUCCCACACACGGUGUUGUUUCAUGCCUAUUUGCUUUUCAGAGGCUGUAAGAAAAUAUUCCUUUCAGCCAAGUCCUCCUGAUUCUGAAAUUGAGAGUGAAAUAAAGGUGUGGCUUCGGAAUUCAAGAGACAGAGCGGGUGGACGAAGGAUCGUUACCAUCGUCUGCUGACUA